AUGGCCAAGCCUGGCUUGGGCCCGCCUUCAACAUGCAGCCUGAUUCUAAGCUGUAGCGGCAUGUUGCAUUUGUCGGGAGUAAAGGUCCUUUCGCCAGUGCCUCAUGAGCAGUCUAAUCGGAGAAGCCAGGCCGAUGGCCGGCCAAUGCUGCGCACGCAACCGACGACCAUCUCGAAGAUGGGCCUCCGGCAGCAGAAGCCUAGCAUGUUGCAUCCUUUCGUGUUGCGAGCGACGCGGUACGUUGUGGAGCACAGACUCUUCACCAUCCUGACAACACUCCUGACAGUUUAUGCCCUCACCGGCGACGAUUGUCGCCUGCUCUUCACCCACCAGCCAGCAGAUCCAGUCUUUGAUGGACUUACCUUGUUUUGCAUCGUUGUCUUCGUGCUGGAAAUCGUGCUGUGCAUGUUUGCAAAGGAUGAUUACAUUCUUAGCUUCUUUUUCUUCCUGGACAUAAUCUCUACGAUCACCUUGGUGAUCGAUCUCACAUGGAUCGCUGAUAUUUUUCAGGGGGACGAAGAGGACAUGUCCAGCGAUGAGUCUGUCUCUGGAACUGCAAAGAUUGGAGCUAGAACCUCUCGAGUAGUUCGGGUGCUGAGGCUGAUACGAAUCAUCAAGCUGUACAAGGCAAUCUACGAAGCUAGGCAGCUGCAGAAGAAGAAAGAGGAGCUUGCGAAGCAAAUCACGCUUGAGCAGAUGUACCCUGCCAACGACGAUGAGGAUUCGUACGACGAGAUGGAGGUCCAGCAGGCAAGCAUGACAAAGGCUCCGGGUAAGGAGAGCAGGGUAGGGAAGAAGCUUUCUGAGCUGACUACACGCCGUGUCAUCCUGCUCGUCCUCGUCAUGAUGCUGGUGCUCCCGUACCUCAAGGUCGAAGAGGCUCAACAGUUUCCUACCUCUGCUGGGUAUGGUGCAGACAUUGUGAAUCAGGCCUUUGACCAGUACUUGGCCAGCAACUCCACGGCUGACAAGGAGAAAUACGACAUGGCCUUGCUUGAGUACAUCUAUUACCAUAACUGGUACACCAAGCAGCUGGGUGAGUGCCCGAUUGUCGCAAGCGACGGCUCGCGAUCAUGCGAAAGCUCGAGAUCCUUCGACUCGCACGUGUUCUGGGUUGGCUUUGUGGCCACGAAUGAGGCGUUGCUCCUGGAAAGACUCCCGAAAGCCUCAGUGUCGCCAAGUGCAGUGGCAGACAUGGAAGCCCUGGUGACCCAAACAUCGGUCGGUGAUCAGGCGUGGCUCUAUGUUUUUGGCCACAUGCCAACCAACGUCCAAGCAACUCUCGGACUCAGUUGGAGCAGAGACUGUCCCUUGAAAGACGACAAGAAGCGGCGUGGGCUCUCCAUUUUAGCAGAAUCAUUUCAGGAAGGUCAAUGGCAGGUUGACUACGCAGUUCCUUGUCCAGAUGAUCUGCGAAGAGCCGAACGCAAGAAAUACACUCCGCGCUUGAACAUCGCGAAAGAUCAGUUCGAUGAACUUCAUUUUGCAUUUUACUUCGACUUGCGACCGUUCGUGAAGCAGGAGUCUGUGUUUAAUCUGCUCACCGUUGUGUUCGUUUGCAUCAUGCUGCUUCUCGCCUCCAUCGGCUUCACCAACGAUGCAAACCGACUUGUGCUGUAUCCUGUUGAGAACAUGAUCGCCAAGGUGGAGACAAUCCGGGCUAACCCCUUGGCUGCGAUGAAAGUGGCGGACGAGGAGUUCAAGGUCGAGGAAAUCAACAGGGCCAAAGCUGCCAAGCAGGAGAAAACACGCUGCCAGGCACUCUUGGAGUCCAUGGGAUGCUAUUCCAAACGGGAGAACACAGAGAUCAUGGAGACCGUCAUCUUGGAGAAGACCAUCAUCAAGCUGGGAUCUCUCCUUGCGCUUGGCUUCGGGGAGGCUGGCGCGAACAUCAUUGAGCACAAUAUGCACGGUGUCGACAGCGCCUGUGUCGACGCCAUGGUGGAAGGCACCCGAGUGGAGUGCAUCAUUGGUGCUACCCGAAUACGAGAUUUCAGCACUGCAACAGAGGUUUUGCAAGCCAAAGUGAUGACCUUUGUCAACCAGAUAGCAGAGAUUGUCCACGGGGUCGUCGACGAGUUCCACGGCGCCGCGAACAAAAACAAUGGUGAUACAUUCCUGAUGAUCUGGAGAGUGGCUGGUGACGACGAGAAGGUCUCCAAGCUGGCUGACAUGUCCAUUCUGGCUUUCACCAGGAUUCUCGGUGCCAUCCACAGGACUCCGGUUCUGGCAGCAUACCGCGGUCAUCCUGGCCUGCAGCAGCGCUUGGGCAAAAAUUGCAGGGUAAACCUCAGCAGUGGCCUUCACUACGGCUGGGCCAUCGAAGGAGCUGUCGGAAGCGAAUUCAAGAUCGAUGCAUCAUAUUUGUCGCCGAAUGUCAGUAUAGCCGAGACGGUUGAGCGAGCUACGCAGAUCUAUGGCGUAAGCUUGCUGGUGGCAGAGUCAGUGGUCUCCAUUUGCUCAGCGCCCAUGGCCGCCAAGUGCCGGCUCAUCGACCGGGUCAUCAUUACCGGGUCCGUGGUCCCCAUGGACCUUUAUGUGAUUGACCUGGACUACAUGAGCCUUACGGUGGAGCCGCCUUUGGGGCCCCAGCGCUGGACCACCAAAGACCGGUUCAAGGUGAGACAAUUUCUCGAAAACGAGAAAGAUCAGAAGCUGGCAGACGGCGUGAAAAUGGUGAACCUCUUCAACGAGAAUGCAGAUAUCGCUUCUAUGCGCUUCCGAUACACGCUGGAGUUCAUUCAUGUCUUCAACAUGGGCUACCAGAAUUACUCGCAGGGAGAGUGGCAGGUGGCACAACGGAUGUUAGCUCGCACGAGAGACAUGCUCGGAGUGGAGGACGGGCCAAGCAUCGCCUUGUUGAAGUUCAUGGAGCGAACAGGCUUCGAGGCUCCAGACAACUGGAUGGGUAUUCGCGAUCUUGGCCAUGCUUCGCUGUCCUAA